AAGCAACUGAUAAGAAGAGUAUAUGUUGAGAGGGAGAUUCAAUCAGACAGGUUGGUGGAAAUGAAAGGCACUGCAAAUUCCUGAAGAAUGCUGGUGAUAUGGCAACAGACAUGAAUGAGCUCCUCCAGGACAAGUACCAAUCUCCAAACUUCCUCCAGGCCUCUCCUCUAUAUAUUUCACUCUGAUUCCCUCGCAUCUCAGUCACAUCCAAGCUAAGCACAUGGAGAAACCACAUGCCCAAUCUGCACUUAAGAAAUUUGUGAAGGUAGGCUCGGAGUCUGUUCUUCCUUGGAGCUCCGCUGCCAGUGCCAGAGGAAUGGCAAAGGAUGAAGUCAAAGAGCAACUUUCUGCUGAUAAAUCAAAGAAGCCUUCCGCAAAAGAAAAUACCAAGCCUGUAGAUGUGAAACUCCACACACAACAGAGAGCUGCCAAACGUGCGAUGUUCAAUUACUCGGUUGCGACCAAGCUGUAUCUCAUGGAGAAACAGAAGAAACACGAAGAGAAGUUGCAAAAGAUGAUCGAAGAGGAAGAGAUACGGCUGCUGAGAAAAGAGAUGAUUCCCAGAGCCCAGUUAAUGCCUUUGUUCGACAGGCCCUUCUACCCACAGAGAUCGAGCAGGCCCCUUGACCAUCCCUAGAGAGCCGGCAUUCCGGAUGUUGAGCAGCAAAUGCUGGACCUGCAUGUAUUGCACCCAUCAGCUCUACAGCUUCCAUCAGCAUUGUCACCCUUCAAGCCCAUCAAGUGACAGACAACGUGUGCGGCAUCUUUUUUCAUUAAGCUAGUCAUUAGAGAGGCAGCCUCAGGUUUCCACCACCCACCUUUUGUUUCUUCCUCUUGAGUGCAAAUAAGCCAUUUGCUCCCCCUGCGUCGCGGGUUUUCCCCGGAGGGUUUUCGAGAGCUUAGUUUAUAUGGUUUGCAAGUGUACCAUAGAAGCAUUUUGGUGAGAAAGAGUCAGAGAGAGAGAGAUGACUCGUUACAGUCAAAAUAAGUCUGUAUCAUAUGGGAUUUGCUUCAUAAA